UUUUUUUUUUUUUUUAAAUAACAUUUUUUUGCAAAUUUCUAAUUUGAAAUGGCUCUCAUGUGAAGUUGCUAACAUGUCGCUUAAACCAAAUAGCAUUUCACCUCUCUUUAUGUACAUGGACAGUUAGUGAUAUUUAGACAGAACCUAGAUAUUAAAUUCAAUUUCACACUUGACUAUUACUUUUUAAAUGUAUAACCAAGACGUUCUCCAGAAAAGUGUAGUUCAUGACAAGUGAAGUAAAUGCAAGGUCCCAUUGAGAAAUGAAGCUAUUGAUCCUUUUGACGCUCUGCGCCCUCGCGGCAGCGAAACCAUGGGAGUUUUCUUUGUUGAAUUACGAUCAAGAACUUAAUAGACUACUGUCCUCAACUACGCGGCCAACUAUGCGGCCAACAACGCGCCCAACAACUAGGCCACCAGUACGUCCUCCAACAACGCAAACACCUGAACCUCCAGCAACUGAAGAACCCCCAAAACCUGAACCUCCAGCAACUGAGGAACCCCCAAAACCUGAACCUCCAGCAACUGAAGAGCCCCCAAAACCUGAACCUCCAGCAACUGAAGAACCCCCAAAACCUGAACCUCCAGCAACUGAAGAACCCCCAAAACCUGAACCUCCAGCAACUGAGGAGCCCCCAAAACCUGAACCACCAGCAACUGAAGAACCCCCAAAACCUGAACCACCAGCAACUGAACAACCCCCAAAACCUGAACCUCCUGCAACUGAAGAACCCCCAAAACCUGAACCACCAGCAACUGAACAACCCCCAAAACCUGAACCUCCUGCAACUGAAGGGCCCCCAAAACCUGAACCUCCAGCAACUGAAGAGCCCCCAAAACCUGAACCACCAGCAACUGAAGAACCCCCAAAACCUGAACCUCCAGCAACUGAAGAACCCCCAAAACCUGAACCUCCAGCAACUGAGGAGCCCUCAAAACCUGAACCACCAGCAACUGAAGAACCCCCAAAACCUGAACCUCCAGCAACUGAGGAACCCCCAAAACCUGAACCUCCUGCAACUGAAGAGCCCCCAAAACCUGAACCUCCAGCAACUGAAGAGCCCCCAAAACCUGAACCUCCAGCAACUGAAGAACCCCCAAAACCUGAACCUCCAGUAACUGAAGAACCCCCAAAACCGGAACCUCCAGCAACUGAAGAGACCCCAAAACCUGAACCUCCAGCAACUGAAGAGCCCCCAAAACCUGAACCUCCAGCAACUGAAGAGCCCCCAAAACCUGAACCUCCAGCAACUGAAGAACCCCCAAAACCUAAACCUCCAGCAACUGAAGAGCCCCCAAAACCUGAACCUCCAACAACUGAAGAGCCUCCACAGCCUCAACCCCCAACACCACAACUCCCACAGACCGUGGAAGAGUUGAUUGCUAGGCUCUUGAAGUUCAUUUACAAUGUAGUGAAGAAUGGCUGGCCGAUUUUCAAUCUUCCUCCUCUUGAGCCUUUGGUCCUAGAACACUUCGAACUACCUGUUAAUGCAGGAAUUAUUAACGUCAAACUCAAGCUGAAAAAUGCUAUCGCCUUUGGUUUCGGAAACAUGAUUGUGCACAGAAUCGAUCUUAACAUCGAUGACCUUACUUUGGAUAUUGAUAUUGGUCUACCCACAAUUGACAUUACUGCUGAAAGCUACGAUUUGGAUGGAGAUUUCUUUGGUUUUCUUCCUCUUUUCGGAAACGGCAGAGCUGAAUUCGAAGUUAAAGGAUUCCGCUUCCGUGCCAAACUGUUUUUGGAGCAACACGAGAAUAAAAAAUCAGUAGUCAUUAAUAGAGUUGAAAAUGCUGCCUUCUCUAUUCCACACCUAAGAUCCAACCUCUCUGGAGUUAUCGGUGGUGGCAACAUCGACGCUGUUAUCAACAGGCUGAUUGAGGAAGUUUUCAUUGAUUACGUCAACAGGUUCCAUGGCGCUAUUUCUAUUGUUACUUCAACCAUUUCAACUACUCUAGGAAACGAAUACUUGAAAGAGCUCGAUACCUGGAAAUACAUUGAAGCUGUACGUUCUUAAAUAAUACCUGCCUACUGUACAAAAAUUUAAUACAAAUGAAAGAUGACUAGCUAAUAAAUAUGAAAAAUAAUGUUAUUUAGCAUAUUAUUGUUUCCUUUAAAAUAAAUAAUAUAUGAUCAAUUCUCGCACCUGGAGAUUAUCUAAUAUAAUAUGAAAUAUUGUAAGUCGAAUAAUAUUCCUGAAACUGCAGUUACUUAGUAAUAAUUGCUGGUGUCCUAGAACAUACUACGAAACUGUGAAUAUGUUUUAUAAAUUAGGCAAUAGUACAACGAUGUCAAAGACUAAAUUCGAUAGAUCGGAUAUGAUAAAAUGAAUGAAAAUGAUAAAAUGAAUUAAUAUUGUGAAGUUAACUGAGACUAAAAAUGAGUUUUUUUUUUAACCAUAAAAAUAAAAUAGGAAUUUGACAAAAUUUUAUAAUAGAGAAUAAUGACCUAAUAAUAAUCUACUUCUGUAAACGGAAUAUUUUAAUGAUUCAAUUCAAAACGGUUCAAUUUGAAACGAUUCAAGAAUGUUUAAAAAUGUUUUAAAUAAAAUUGAUUUAGAACAAUAAGCGUAUGUGUGUGCAUAAACUCUGCACUUUUAAAAUGCUUGACACGAAUUUUAUUUUUUCCGGUAAUGAAUAAAGGUAUAACUACUA